UUACUGGAAAAUAUCCUUUCCGGUGACGUCAGAGCCGGUAAAGCAUGGCUGCCGCCACGAAACUCGGACCACAGUUGAGCCUGCUGGUUCAUCUGCUUAUUUUAAGCUGGUAUGUUUUUACUAUCUGGAGUAACUGUACUCUGCAAACCUCAGACAGACACCCAGGUGUGCGAUCAUACGGAGGACGCUGGAAAUACCUGACGUUUAUUAAUCUGGUGUCGCAGGCGCUGUUUUUUGGCCUGUGUGUGUUGUCGGACGCGGUGCAGAGCUCUGUGACUGUCAGACAGAGCCGAAGCGGGACUCCUCUGCUCCUCACCAGACUCAGAGACUUCUUCUUCUCUGCUCUGGCGUUUCCCGUCGGCACUUUUGUGUUCGUUUCUUUCUGGACUCUCUACACUUACGACAGAGAGCUGGUGUAUCCAAAAAUGUUAGACGAGAUCAUUCCCAUCUGGAUGAAUCAUGCAAUGCACACAGUGAUCAUGCCGCUGCUGCUGCUGCAGAUGUUCCUUCAGAAUCACAGAUAUCCCAGUCGCACAAAAGGGAUCUUCAGUCUGGCUUUAUUUGCUGCCCUGUAUCUCUCAUGGGUGUUGUGGGUGCACCAUGCGUCAGGGAUCUGGGUGUAUCCCAUCAUGGCUCACUUGAGUCCCGUGGGAUUGUGUGUUUUCCUCGGAGUUGCGUCGCUCAGCAUGGCUCCUCUUUACCUGUUAGGAGAGAAGCUCAGCCUCAUGAUGUGGAGCAACACAGGGAAUCAGAAGAGGAAAAAGAAGUAGAUGUCUACUGGAAUCCACAUUAACCGUGUGGAGCUCAAACCAGCCAAACAACACACUUUACAGGGCACGGAGCAACAGCUUCAGUAGCAUUACUUGUAUUUUAUACAAGAGGGGCUUGAUUGGCCCCAGCCUAAAUACAGUACACAUGAAAUGUGUUUACGCUAAUCAUACUGAUAUUAUUCUGUUCGGUUUUCUUUUCUCUUUUGACCUAUUUUUGUGAUUCUAAUGAAAAUCAGUUGCACCUACAAAGUAAAAAAUGCUGUAUUUUUAAAAUAAUUUUCAUUAUUUUAGAAUUGUGAAAUUCCAGACAAAUUUUCCAGAAUGCUGUUGUUCAUUAAUUAAGGGACCAUUAGUACUGAGCACUUUCCCCUUCUCAGAUUCAUAAUCGUUAUUUUAAAACAAGUCUGAGCUGCUGAGUGGUUUCCAGUGUGAUGCUGUGUAAAUGUGUCACAAGAUGUGUCAGGGCUUUCUGAAUGACACACUUCAACCU